UCGAUCAACAUGGCUACAAACACCCGGUCCGCGAGCUUGCUGCUGCGCUUGACGAUGGUGAUCACCAUUGUGCCGCACCUCCAGCUGUUCUCACUUGCAGCUGCAGCGCCGCCACGCAGCAACGAGACCAGAGACGGCGGCGGCGGCGGCAAGACGCUCAGCUUCACCCUGUACCAGCAAGAGACCAUCAACAAGACCGGCUACAUGGUCGUCGACGGCGUGGCGGGCGCCGGGGUCAGCCAGACCACCACGCCCUUCGGCACCGUCUACGUCUUCCGCGACAACCUGACGGUGCACGCCGACGGGGCCUCCGCGGUGGCCGGCGUGGCGGAGGGGACGUCCAUCACGACCAGCCUCGACGGGCUGAUGAGCCUGUCGCUGGCCAAGAUCACGAUCCACCACCGCGGCCACCGGGGCUCCGUGUCCGUCCUCGGGGGAACCCACAACACCAGGCCGUCUGACAACCCGGUGGUGGGCGGCACCGGUGACUUCGCGUACGCCUUGGGCUACGUCCGGUCGUCGCCGGUGGACCUGCGGGGAUCGACGGUCACGUACAAGAUGGAGCUCCAGUUGUACUGGCCCCCGUACGCCCCUUACGCUCCAACUCCGCAGUAGCCAUCGCCUCCGGCCAUUAUACAUGUAUGUACGAUGAACCACUGCCAACUCCGCAGUAGCCAUCGUCCCCGACUCCCCGUUACAUACAUGCAUGUACUAUUAAACCACUGCCAGCAGAUAUACGGUUUAAAACGGAGCAGUAGCAGGUUCU